ACGCCUGGGGAGAGGGAAGCGGUCGCGUUCUCGAAUCGUUGCCUCUGGCUUUUCUGCUGAUAGGUUUUGUUCGCCGGUUUCUCUUUUUGUUUGUUGUUGUUGUCUGUUGCCCACAUCCCACAGACUCUUUUGUUUCCCCUCUCCUUGGAUCCUGCCCUGUGGGCAUUAACGUCAGUUGUCUCGACCCGCCGAGAGUCCUCCCAUACUCCCCCGGGUCCCCCGGCACGGAGGCGGUAACUAUGGAGAAUAUGGCGGAGGAGGAGCUGCUACCCCUGGAGAAGGAGGAGGGAGCUCAGGUCGGCGUCCCGGCCUCGGCUCGGGUUUCAGAUUCGGCUCCGGAACCGGCUCCGACUCCGGCCUCGGCUCCAGCCCCAGCCCUUGCCCGGGCCCAGGCUCCGGCCCUGUCCCCGUCCCUAGCGUCUGCCCCCGAGGAGGCGGAAAGCAAUGGUCUAGUUAGUCUUUUGAAGUCAAUCAUAACUAGGGAAGAUGAAGAUGGCGUAUCUGAAAUAGAAUUGAAAACUGAGGAAACAGUAACAGAAGAAGUUUUAAAAGAACCUCCUGACAUCUUGGACUCACCUAAUUUAACAAGAGAGAGACACAUCUCAAUUCAAAGGCAGCUUGCGGAUCUAGAGAAGCUAGCUUUUGUAACUGAAGGAGACUUUGAUUCUACCAGUUCACUGAACUCAGAUAAUCUUGAUGCAGGAAAUAAGCAAGCUUGUCCAUUGUGCCCUAAGGAAAAAUUCAGAGCUUGUAAUAGUCACAAAUUACGUCGUCACCUUCAGAAUUUACACUGGAAAGUCUCAGUUGAAUAUGAAGGUUUCAGAAUGUGCAUCUGUCACUUACCUUGUCGACCAGUAAAACCAAACAUUAUUGGAGAACAGAUAUCCAGUAAAAUGGGUGCCCACUACCAUUGUAUCAUUUGUUCAGCAACAAUCACCAGAAGGACUGACAUGCUAGGACAUGUUAGGCGCCAUGUAAAUAAAGGAGAGACUAAGUCCAGGUACACUGCUGUGUCUACUGCUAAACCAUCAAGUGAAAUUUUGAAGGAAGCAGAUACAGAUGUACAAGUUUGUCCUAACUAUUCUAUACCUCAGAAAACAGAUUCCUAUUUUAAUCCGAAAAUGAAACUAAAUCGAUUAUUACUUCUUUCUAGGCAGCUAAUAUUCUGUACAUUGGCUGCUUUGGCUGAAGAACGAAAACCUUUGGAAUGUCUAGAUGCUUUCGGAGCCACUGGGAUAAUGGGACUACAAUGGGCAAAACACCUUGGAAAUGCAGUCAAAGUUACAAUUAAUGACAUGAAUGAAAAUUCUGUGACAUUGAUUCAGAAAAACUGCCAUUUAAACAAAUUGAAAGUGGUGGUAGACAGUAAGGAAAAGGAAAGCGGAGAUUGUCUUGGAGAAGAAGAACAAAAUCUUGGUAAUAUUAAGGUGACUAAAAUGGAUGCCAAUGUACUGAUGCAUUUGAGAUCUUUUGAUUUCAUACACCUAGACCCUUUUGGAACUUCGGUGAACUAUCUAGAUUCGGCAUUCAGAAAUAUAAGAAACCUUGGCAUAGUUUCAGUGACGUCGACAGACAUCAGUUCCUUAUAUGCCAAGGCACAGCAUGUUGCCCGGCGUCACUAUGGAUGUAACAUUGUCCGAACUGAAUAUUAUAAGGAACUAGCAGCCAGAAUUGUGGUGGCUGCAGUGGCAAGAGCUGCAGCACGAUGCAACAAAGGCAUAGAAGUACUGUUUGCAGUGGCUUUGGAACAUUUCGUGUUGGUUGUUGUGAGAGUGUUAAGGGGGCCUACAUCAGCAGAUGAGACAGCCAAGAAAAUUCAAUACCUGAUCCACUGUCAGUGGUGCGAAGAGAGAAUUUUUCAGAAGGAUGGUAAUAUGGUAGAAGAAAACCCAUAUAGACAGUUGCCCUGUAACUGUCAUGGAACCAUGCCUGGAAAGACAGCAAUAGAACUUGGACCUCUAUGGUCAAGUUCCCUUUUCAACACUGGAUUCCUCAAAAGAAUGCUAUUUGAAUCUGUUCAUCAUGGUGUGGAUGAUAUUCAGACCCUCAUAAAGACAUUAAUCUUUGAAUCAGAGUGUACACUUCAAAAAGAAAAUGAUGUAUUUAUUAAGACCACAGAUAGCACAACAGACCAUCUACAAGGAAAGAGAAAAAGCCAUGAAGUGAUGACAAAUUUAGCCAAGAAGCAGAAGUCUGAUGUCAGUACUGAGCAUCCUCCUUUCUAUUAUAAUAUCCACAGACACAGCAUUAAAGGGAUGAACAUGCCAAAGUUGAAAAAGUUUCUGUGCUAUCUUUCUCAAGCAGGCUUUCGUGUAAGCCGAACUCAUUUUGACCCAAUGGGUGUUCGUACAGAUGCACCUCUGUUGCAAUUUAAAUCUAUCCUUCUACAGUACAGCACCCCCACUUACACUGGAGGACAAUCAGAAGGCUAUGUCCAAUCAUCACCCGAAAAUACAGUGGCUGACAGGGUUGAAUAACAGGUUGAAUAAUAAGUGGUUGCAGAAGACAGUAAUGAUGAGUUUAUUCUCAGGUGUCUGUACAGAUGGCCCAAUAGUUCUAUGCCAACUUAUAUUUCCUUUUCUAUUCAAUUCAGUUGUGUAAAAAUAAAGAAAAAAAGGUACUGAUGUUUUCAUUCAGAAAAUUAGCUCCAAGUUUAUUGGUUUGAGAACUUUGCUUUGUAAGUUUUUCUUAUUUAAAGAAAACAAGUUUUAAUGAAAAGUGUUUCAUAAUAUGAACUUUGACUGGGAUCACACUAUGUUUAAUAAAUUUAGAAAAUUUUCGCACAGAUAGUACUUAGAAACUGAAGUACAUUGUAGAAGUGCUUCAUUUUUUUUAGGGGAGCAGUGUUGGGGAUCAAACUCAAGGCUUCAGGCAAACUAGGCAGCAAUCUACCAUACCACUAAGGUAAGGUACAUCCUUCGAGCUAGUCAUCUUUUGUCACACUCAGUAGCUGGGACUAUAGGCAUGCACCAUUGUGCCCUGCUAUCCUUUACUAUUCUUAAUCACAUACCUUUGUUAACUUAUUUGUGAUGUUUUUCUAUGUGUAGUAUACAGAAUGAAGUUAAAGCCUUUUACAUAUUGAAAUUACCCUGGGUAGAAUAAGGAAUACUGUUCUGCCAAGUGACAAGUACAACACUGAAAUUUUUUCACAGUUUUAAGAUAUCAUAAUUUACACACUGAUUUUAAUUUAUUAAUACCGUUUGAAAAGUUAAAUACUUGUCAGAGACGAAACUUCAGAGCUAUUGUUCUUAUAUAACUUCACAAGUACUGAAAUCCCAACAGUAGAAAUUUUAUGUUUGUUAUGUUGUAAUAUGUAGCUGUGCCACCACUGAGAAGUAAAAUUUGUCAGUAUAUGAA